UUAGAAGUUCAGGAAUCCCACGUGACGUCACCAAAGGGUGAUGUAAUGCUUCUCUAAAUAGAUCGUAUUGUAAUCUUUCCUCAGUCCAACGUGGUUCCUUCAGAAAGUGUGGUGCAUCUUCUUCAGACUUCUGCGGUGUAUGAGGAGCCAGUGACAGUGAUGAACUCCGAGCAGGAAAGGCCGUUCGUGUGCAGCGCCCCGGGCUGCUCUCAGAGAUUCCCUACAGAGGAUCAUCUAAUGAUUCAUCGGCACAAGCACGAGAUGACCCUCAAAUUCCCCUCCAUCAAAAAUGACAACAUGCUGUCAGACCAGACACCAACCCCAACACGCUUUUUGAAGAACUGUGAGGAGGUGGGUCUCUUCAGCGAGCUGGACUGCUCCAUCGAACAGGAGUUUUGCAAGGCUCAGGAGGAGGAGGACAGCAAACAGAAUAUCACUCUUCAUGGGCAGGGGGGCCCUAACCAGCACCAGCAGACCCACUCAAGAAUGGCCAACCACGACAGCAGCAUAGUGAUUCAGCAGGCACUGCCCUCACCCCAGUCCAGUUCUGUCAUCACUCAAGCCCCUUCCACCAACAGACAGAUUGGGCCAGUGCCUGGUUCCCUUUCCUCGUUGUUGCACCUGAGGAACAGACAGCGACAGCCACUGCCGGCCUCCAUGCCUGGCACAUUGCCUGACCCGACUAUGCAAGGAUCGUCUGCUGUUCUGAUGCCUAUGGAGAGGCAAAUGUCUAUGGGCUCCAACAUGAUGGGCAUGCAAGGCCCCGCCCACAACAGCUCAUGCUCCUCCCCUCAUGUUCCAUCCAUGCACUCAGAGGCAAAGCUGAGACUGAAAGCUGCCCUUGCCCACCAUCCAGGGGGCAUGGCGAAUGGCAGCAUGAACUCCAUGGGUCAUAUGAUGGAGAUGAUGCCAUCGCGGCAGGAUCAGGCCGGUCACCACCACCUGCACUCUCACCCUCACCAGCACAUGCAGGGCCCGCCCCACGGAUACCCACACCAUGCCCACCACCACCCCAGCCAUGCACAGAGCGCCCAUCACCACCCACAAAGCCAUGGGCACCACAACUCCCACCCGCCCCACCUGCACCCUGCACACGGACAUCAGACCUCUCCACACCAACCCAUGCACUCUGCUGCUUCACAGUUAUCUCCAGCUGCGCAGCAAAUGCAGCCGACGCAGAUUCAGUCCCCACCACCCAGCGGAGGUCGUCGUAGACGGGUCUUGGACGAAGACCCUGACGAGCGCCGGAGGAAGUUCCUGGAGAGGAAUCGCGCAGCCGCCACACGCUGCAGACAGAAGAGGAAAGUGUGGGUGAUGUCUCUAGAAAAGAAAGCGGAGGAGCUCACCCAAACCAACAUGCAGCUGCAGAACGAGGUCACCAUGCUAAAGAAUGAGGUGACACAACUGAAACAGCUUUUAUUGACACAUAAGGACUGUCCCAUCACCGCCAUGCAGAAAGAGUCUCAAGGUUACCUCAGUCCAGAGAGCAGUCCGGCAGGAAGUCCCACCCCUGUAACCCAGCAGCAAGUCAUCCAGCACAAUACCAUCACCACCUCCAGCACAGCACCCAAUCACCGCACAGAUAUUAACCCCAUCCACUAGAGACUCCACCCCUGAUGCCCCCCACCACGCUGGACAUCCCGACUGCAAAUUUUGGACAGACACACACCUCUGUGCCUCUGUGGCAGCUUGUUCUUCUGUUUGGGAUUUGUAAAUGUAAACUGAUUACCAUUUUGUUUAGUUCUGUGUGUUUUAUGUUUUCAUUUGAGUCUGCUUAAAAAAGGGAGUCUGCAUAAAUCAUCGGGCACCAUCUCACUUGUCAAGAACAUCACUAAUGGAAACGCAACUGUUACAUCUGUUCCUGGAUUACUACUGGACCACUGCCUUUACAAAUUACAGAAUUCAGAUAGCUGGAUAGCGUUUGCUAUGAAUUUUCCAUUGCCAAAAAGAUGCUGUCCUUUCCUUUCUGUUUAUUGUUAUAAACUCUCACAUUCCCCUUUUUAUCAAAUUCAAAAGGAUAAAUUAGGAAGGUCAUUCUCCAUUGGGAGUUCCUAAUGAAAGAAACCUGAAGCAAUAUGAAUCUCUGACAUGCUCAGCAAUCUGAUUGUCUUCACUUGCUCGCUCGGACCAGAAUCUAGAUCAAAUUAAGUUCAACCUAUUAGCUCCUGUCAUUUCAGAUAUAAUUUCAAAAGUUAUCUUGGUAAAACAAAACAGCUUUCACUCCUAAGCUGGUACAGAUCAUGUAAAUGGAAUGCAUUUAUCAAGCUCACACAGGCUUCUGUGAGCAUAUGCCCUGCUGAACAUGUGUGAGAUUUCGGAGUAUUCCCAGAGUGGCGAGAUCACAGCUGCAAUAGUGUUGCACCAGGAAGACAUCUCACUUGGCAUUCGAACGUUUUGGAAGACACCAUCAGCUGUUUCAUUUUAAGCUGGUGUAACUUCUGGUCAGAUUUACCCCUGGUCCUCGUCAGUUUGCAUAUUACUUCUACUGGCAGUUCAUUUCGGUAUCUGUUUCGGAUCAGCAAGUGGACUAAGUAUUACGCACAUACUUCAAUGCAUUUUUAUGUAUGUUUUGUGCUCGUAUGUGGGCCUUCCAACCACAUUCAAAACACUCCAUCUAAUCUCGAACCAGAAUAAUGCCAUGGAAAAUUUUUGGAAGGUUUUGCUUUACCUGAGGCUAUGGAAAACUUCCACUGAAGCCAAAUGCAUUGUUAAAUGCUACUUAAAAUUAGCUUUCGUUUUGGCUCGAAGUAUUGUUUAGAUCUUCCUCGGGCAUUCUGACUGUGAGGUAAAUUAAAUUUAAUUGGAUUAAAUGUAAAAAGAGAUAUUUUGAUGCAUCCCAGUUUGUUUGGUGCCUAGGAAAUCAUAUGAGGCUUCCUUCUUGACAUGGACUAUGGUAAAUUCUGCACUUAACUAGUCCUUAUGAAACUGUCAGGCUCCAUCAAAGGUUUCCGGAAAUGGGCUGUUGAUUUUGAGAUGUUAUUAUACAGUCAACAGCUUACUGUAAGGGGCCGUUCACCAAGAAUGCAUUUUCGCGUUUAUGAAAUGCAAAAGGCAGGUUCUCAAGAUCCGUUUGCACUUCAUACAACUUGACAAGGAGCAGAGACAUGCAGUGCAAUGCCAUCUUGUUGGCUGUCUCAAUCACAAAAUCCUUCCAGUGCACUGGUAUGUUUGCUGUGAAACCAGGGUGAAUUUAUGGUUACUUUUCCCUUACCGGAAAAUACAUCCCAUUUUCUGAACCGCCUCAACUCAGUACAUAUCAUUACACAAUAGAAGUUUUGGUGGUGGCAUUUUACAACUCAGAAACAGUAUCUCAAUGUGUAAUGCGCCAGGGUUCUUUCAAGUGCACGAUACACUGAUUCACAACCUAGGGAGAUGAUUGAGACACACCCGAAUAAACGUCACACAGUGGAACGUGAAAACGCAUUCUGUGUGAACUGCCCUAAUAAUAAUAAUAUUCCAAGGUGAGCUUUGUAAGGGAUAUGUGGGCAAGGUCCCAUAUACCUCAUGAGUGUACGAUCAUGGACCGAUGUGCUAUAAAAUGGCCACUAUCACUUUAAGAUAUUGAGUCCUAAAUACCUUAAAGACUGUGACACACCAAACCAACAUUAAGGAGCUAGUGGCGAUGAAAGGCGAUUAUUGUUGUCUUGCGUCGCAUGUGUUUGGGCCAAAAAGUUGCCGCAAAGGCUACAGCCAAAGGCCAGCUAGUAUGAAAAUUCUGCAUAUGUGUGAAAGGAAAUAACUUUCCAUACCAGCAGGUGGCAGUAGUUUGCAACAGUAUUCGUCAUUUAAAAAGAGAAAACAAACUACAGAUAGACAAACCGUAAACAAGGCAGUGUUUUCUUACAACUUACUUCAUUCCAGAUGUUAUUUUGUUGCCAUAUCAUUAUGAAAAUAUUUGCAUACCAGAAUGCUCAGGUAAGAUGUGAAAUUAGGACAGCCAUCUGUGUGCAGCCUCUUGACUUUGUUGGCUGCUUGUUUUCGUCACUUUUGUUUUUCUUCUUGUGCACUGUUUCACUAAGCUAAGCAGCCAAUCCAGCGCUAACUCGCAACCAAUUCGUACAUACUUUACGAGGUGGCUAAUACAUACUAAUGUGUAUGACUUUACUCAUACAAAUUUCUACGAAUUUGCCACCUCGUAAUAUACACAUGAUUUUUCACAAAAUGUACAAAUUCUUACGAGUGAGGUUGUAAGAAUUCAUACAAAUUAGCCACCUAGUAAAAUAUGUACGAAUUGCCGUGAGAUUGAGUUGGCCAAUCAGAGUGAUCUUUCUCACCGACUACCUGAGACUGAUUUAACAGGCCAAAAAGCCACCGACAGGGUCCGACUAGUGGUGACGGUGUGGAACUGACAUUGGCAGACGGCCGACUGUUGACUUGGUGUGUCACGGACUUGAGUCGCGUUUUCCUUGUCUAAUUGCAAGUAAUGACACAAUUUGGUCCACUUUUGUUUCUCUCUGCUGCGAAAAUGUAGCAUUUUACUAUUUCUACACAGGUACUUAUCUAGACCGAUCUAGAUACUGCUUUCCAAAUGUCACUAUGUGCCUGAAUAUGUCUUAAAUACUCGCAUAGGGAAGAAUGUCAGUCCUUAGUAAUACCUUGAUAUCAUUGCAUUUAUUUUCAAUUCAGGUUGAACUUUAAGGCCUUGACAUUGUUUAGCUUUUUUUGUAAAGACUAAUUACUAGUGUUUUAUUGUGGACACUGUUUUGUUUCGGACUCAUUUUGGUGUUAAUGGAUUUUUCUACCUUCUUGAACCAAGGAGGCCUGUAAUGAGAAUACAGGUAAGCUGGAAAUGUCUUAGCAUCACAAGGAGAGAUGCACCAAAAUGUUUCCCCUCUAAGGGCCUUUUUUCCAGCAGCUAAGCUCAGAACUCUGUUUCAUGUUUUUCACAGUUUGUUGAGGAUUUUUCGUCCCUCCUAAAUGGAACAUAUUGAUUCCCUUCGCCUUUCCUCGCAGCACUGUGUUUGGAACAAGAGCGUGCAAAACGACCUCCACAUUGAGAGGUGGAAAUCUUGUAGCUGUCUAUGCACUUUGACCUCUGUGCGCAACAGAGGAUGGAAUAGCCAUAUAGAAGACUCAGCGAUUCCCAGUUCCCACACCAGCGAGAGCCAACCACUGUCAAUCUAUGGAGCAACGCAACUUGUAAGGACCAAUCGGAUUGGAGCCCGGAAUGGGUCACCCCAAGAAGGACACGAUUCGAACCGAAGGCUUGGGUUUUGGUGGUGCUCCUGUAGCUUUAAGACUUUAAACUGUCCCUUUAGAGAGAACCUGUUUGUCACACUGUGAAAUGGGUGACAUUAAGGUGAACUGGAUGGAAACAUGAUUGUGCUUUUAUUGUUGGACCUUAUGAUGGUUUGGUUGUUUCCCAGCAUAGUUCACAUAGGAUAGUUCACCCAAAAAUUAACAUUGUCAUCAUUUACUCAGCCUAAUAUCAUUUCAUACUUGUAUCUUUCUUAUCUUUCUUCUGAAAAACAUGAAAGGACAUAUUUUGAAAAACUUUUUAGAGUUUUGUCCGUACAAUGAACGUCAAUGGGGUCCAAACAUUUCAAACUUCAAAAAGGACAAGGUAGUGUACAAUAUAUAAAAUCACUGAUUAAAUACUGUAUGGUGACACAUCAGUAAAAGCAAACCUCACAUCAUGUCACAACACAAAAACCAGUUAGGUUUGAUGUUACUGCUUUGUUUCCAUAUUUGAUUUGUGCUCUGUGUAGAUGAGUUGAUCAAUGAUUAAAUUUGAUUCGAUUUGAGAGCGAAUGACCACUUUGUUCAUUGAUCAUUUCAGAAGACUGGAGUUGUUUGGAUUACUUUUAUGCUGACUUUAUUUAUUUUUUGGAUUUAACUUUUGGACCCCAUUGACUUUCACUGUAUGGACAAAAAAAUGCUAAAACAUUCAUCAAAAUAAUGUUCUUUAGUGUUCUGCAAAAAAAAAAAAAAAGAAAAACGAGUAUAGGGUGAAAUUAAAUUUACUGUUGUUUGCCAAAUUUUUGCGAACUAAAUUUAGUCAUUUCAACAGAAAUGUGUGAAUUCGUGUGAGGGACAAAUAUUUCCCUAUGCAGAUUUCGCAACUGAUUCACCGCACUAACCAACAGAAAUUGCUUGGUUUUAAAGUGUCCAUAGUGUAGAGAUGUAUAAAGCACAGCUCACACAGACUUCAAUAGACAAUGGACCUUUUUUGCCCAAUGUGACCACACCUAAAAGGAUGAUCACAUUUUUUGGGUGAACUGUCCCUUUUAAGUAACUCAAAUCAACAUUCAGUGUUUUCUGUGCAUGUAGCAUUAUAAUGUGGUUUCGAAUGGGAUUCUGAUGCCCACAAAGGGUGUGGGUUUCAAUGUUUUUGGAUUGUGAGCUUGAAAGUUAACUUGAGAUCUGUGUAUGCAUGCAUUUUCACUCCCGUUGGCAUCUCAGACUUCACACUCACAAGUUUUGCAGUGUUUAACCCCUACGUGAUGAUGUAAUAAUAUGGUGGGAGGGGCUUGCUAAAAAGCAAUGUUUGGAUCUCCAUGGAGGAUUUUAAACAGUCUAAAGUUGCGUUUUAUUUCAUCUGCUGCAUCUUUACAUUUCAAAGCAAGGUGGUCAGGAGCGUAUCUGCGCAGGGCCACGUCAUCUCUUACCCAAGCAACAUAACAUAUAAGAACACACUGAACUGGAAAUAAUUCACUUGCUCUCAGUGAGUAACAGACAUUAAUCUCAAAUUGUUGAUUUGGCAUCAGUCCUUGUUAGGGUGGGUGGAUGGAUGUCUUUUGUAAUAGCAUUCUUAUAAAACGGAGGGAGAUUUUUGUGUGUGUGUGUGUGUGUGUGUGUGUGUGUGCGCGCGCAAGUUUGUGUGCAUUUUUUUAUUUUUAUUUUUUAUUUUAGGUGGCGGACAAUGAAUACACAUUAAUAAAACUAUAAAUGUAUCAUUGCAACAAAACUAUAAAUAUUGUAUAAAUUUUCAUUAAUUUUUGUAAUCUUGUUCCCAUAAUGCAACCACCUUUCUUUUUGAAAGGAGUACAUGUUUGGUACUUGUUUGUAAAUAAUGUUUGCAUAGCACUUGCAGUCUUCAAAUGUUUGCCUGUUCAUUUCAGAGCUGAAACAUUGCAUUGUUUGUUACGCAUAUUGAAUUCAUGAAUUCACACACGCUUGCAUAACUUUGUAUAUUUUAUAUGUUUAUUAAUGCCUUGAACAGUUUGUGUUUAUGCAAAUGUACAGAUGUGAGAUCACAACAGCUAUAUUACAAUAUGAAAAUAAAGCACUUGUUCUUUAACAAAGCUCUGACAAUUCAUUAUUGUUUAAAUUGAAAAUAUAAGAUUACAGUAUUUGCAA